AUGGAAGAGAUUGGUAUCCAGAUCGACAAGGAGGCAACUGCAGAUCCUACCUUACCCUCGGUUCUUGAUGAGAAGGCCGUCCUGGCUGCUCAGUUACAUUCCGAAGAUGACGUAUACAUGAAAUUCAAGAAACUUCAGAAACAUCUCGAAUUUUUAGAACUUCAGGAAGAGUAUAUCAAAGAUGAGCAGAAGAAUUUAAAGCGAGAAUUGUUGAGGGCACAAGAGGAAGUGAAGCGAAUCCAAUCGGUGCCGUUAGUCAUUGGACAAUUCCUCGAGCCGAUCGAUCAAUUCACUGGGAUCGUUGGCUCGACGACGGGAUCCAACUAUGUCGUCCGAAUCUUGUCUACAAUCGAUCGAGAGCUGCUGAAGCCGUCCAGUUCGGUUGCUCUGCACAGACACUCUAAUUCGCUUGUUGAUGUUCUUCCUCCCGAGGCUGAUAGUAGUAUCAGUAUGCUUGGUGCCGAUGAAAAACCUGAUGUGACAUACAAUGAUAUCGGAGGAAUGGAUAUUCAGAAGCAGGAGAUCCGAGAGGCUAUCGAACUGCCGCUCACCCAUUUUGACCUCUAUACGCAGAUUGGGAUUGAUCCACCUCGUGGGGUGCUACUCUAUGGGCCGCCUGGGACGGGGAAGACGAUGCUGGUGAAGGCGGUAGCCAACCAUACAACGGCCUCGUUUAUCCGUGUCGUCGGCUCAGAAUUCGUCCAAAAGUAUCUCGGAGAAGGCCCGCGAAUGGUCCGAGAUGUGUUCAGAUUGGCGCGAGAAAACGCACCGGCCAUCAUCUUCAUCGAUGAAGUCGAUGCCAUCGCCACUAAGCGAUUCGACGCGCAGACUGGUGCUGACCGGGAAGUCCAACGGAUCUUACUGGAGCUAUUGAACCAAAUGGAUGGAUUCGACCAAGGCAGCAAUGUCAAAGUAAUUAUGGCUACUAAUCGGGCAGACACACUAGAUCCCGCUCUAUUGAGGCCAGGAAGAUUGGACCGAAAGAUCGAAUUUCCAUUGCCAUCCCGUCGAGAAAAGCGACUGAUUUUCCAAGCUCUAGCAAGCAAGAUGAGUUUAGGGAACGAUGUCGAUCUUGAAGAUUAUGUCCAGAGGCCUGAUAAGCUGUCCUCGGCGCAAAUCUCUCAAGUCUGUCAAGGGGCUGGGUUGCAAGCUGUUCGCAAGAACCGAUACGUUAUCUUACCGGUCGAUUUCGAGGAAUCCUGGAAAUCGGUUGUCAAGAAGGGAGAGGAUACUCAUGCAUUCUAUAGAUAA